AUGGAGGAGGACUACUGCCUGCAUGGGCGAGAGCGCUUUCAAAGUCAGUGGGCGCGCGCUGGCGUGUUUUCGCCUGCCUCAUUGCGUGUGUACGGCAUCACCGGGGAGCCCGUGCUGAUGCGCUCCAUCAAGCAAGCCCGCAUGUUUGGUGCCACGUUCGGCACGUGCUUUCUCGGCCGCUUUCCGCGGUCCAAGUCGCCACCGUCUUCGAGGGACAACGAUGCGGCCGCCGUCACGCAGAAAGACAACGCCUCAAAGGCUGCCGGUCCGUCCAGAAGCGGCAGCAGCUACGAUUCACUUCCCUUCAGCUCCCUCUUGCUGGGUCCGUGUCCUCCGCCGAACAUGACGGCUGAUCCCCACGUGCUAAAUCAGGCGUGGCGCAGGGAAGUGGCCGGGACGUGGAGUGCGCUCCACAUGCCGUCGGAGUGGUGCCAGACGAUGAACGGUGUCGUGACGGCGCUAAGCUGGUCGACGCGUGCGCAGCGACAGCGUAUUGCUGAGCAGCUUGACCUAGCAGCCUUCAUGUGCCUACGCGCCGUGCAGGUGCCGCUACCGUUCUAUGCCGCGGGCGUUGCGUGGUCUGGCGGAGAUGACGACGACGACCGUGAUUGGGAGGACAACGAGGGCGGCUCCACAGCGGGCACGCGCGGCGGCGCGCAGCCGAUGAGUGCUGAAGAGGAGAAUCAGCGCAACAUCCGUGUUGCCUGUCUUGCGGCGGAUGUGGUGCUGUCUUUCAUUCAACAGUGCACGAGGGUGAAGGUGUGGGUCCGCUGCGAUGCAUGCAAUCCCGCCCACCGCUACCAGCUGCAGCGCUUCCGCCAGGCCAUCCUUUACGGCUACUCCACUCUCAAGACGGACUCGAGCGUGAUAUACUGCAUCAAUGCACCUUGUUGUGUCACCAGCAACACGACGAGCCUCAUGUCUGGCGCACCACCGCCGUCGUCGUCCUCGUCGCCUUGUUCGGGUGUGGUGCAUACCGAGGCGGCGUCGUCUUUGAUGGCGCUGCUCUACUACUCUACGUGGAACCCGCGCAUGUUGCUGCCCAGCGAGUGGUUCGGCGAGGAGGUCGUCGGCUUCGAGUGCCCUACUGCCCCGGCGCUGUUGACGUGCCUGGCGCCGCACGGGGUGGCGCCGCACGAACACCCGCACUACCGCCCCGACGCCCCAGCCACCGCUUUGGCUGAGGAGGACGUCGUGGAGGCGCAGGAGCAGGAGCACCGCAACCACGGCAAUCCCGGCGAGGACAGCGCACCGUUCCAGCGAACGCCACCGACCUACCACUACGGCAAGAGCGAGGGGAGUCGGACAGACUACUCACUCUUCGACUGGUACGACAGUGUUACAGAGCUUGAGACGAGCCACGAAGCCGGCUCGGCCGUGGCGGCAGCGAAGGGGGGCUCCAAGAAUUCCGGUUCCGCCUCCGACACGUCGUACGAGGCAGCGGCCGGCUGUCGCCGCUCUCACGUGCUGCGGAGCCGCUACACCUACGUGAUGCCGGAGGAUCUCCAGCCGUUGGUGGCCUCCCGCUGGGCUGGCACCUACCCGCCCUUUGUCAGUCCGCUCACCUUCAUUGUGGAGCUGCUACGCCGGCGCGCCAUGCCAGUGUUCGAUCGCACCUUCUUUGACCAGUACCCGUUGCUCAACUACCUCCACUUCAAAGGCGUCGAGGAGCCGACCCGCGACGUCUUCACCUCCUUCGAGGGUCAACUCCAGCUGCCCCUACAGCCACUGAGCCACCACCUGUCGAGCGGCGUCUACGAAGUCUUUGAGCGCGACGCACGAAAAUACCGACAGUACCGCGAGGCAGUCUUUCACUACGUGCGGGACUGGUACGCCGCCGGGGCGGAGCAGCAGCACGCGUAUCAGAACAAAGUCUUCUUUGCGAAGCACGGUGUCAUGCAGAGGGUGCCGGUGCCCUCGCCGGACGAGCGGACACUCCACCUCGUACUGCUCGGCUGCGGUCGCGGCCCGCUCAUCGAUGAAUGUCUCAACGCUGUCUCUGCGCUCGGGGUGCGACUGCGCAUCUUCGCCAUCGAAAAGAAUCGCCCAGCUGCCGCCUUCACGCGUAUGCGGUGGGCGAACGACCCCGAGUGGACGCAGCUGGCCUACACCUUUGGCCACACACUGGAGGUGAUCAUCGCCGACGCGCGCACGGUUGCGACCGCCGCAGAAAACGGCUCGCUCACCUUGCCGGCUGACUUUGGCCUGUGCGACCUUAUCGUCUCUGAGCUGCUCGGGAGCCUGGGCGACAACGAGCUCAGCCCGGAGUGUCUGGAGGCCUUCCACGCUCAGCUCGAGGACAUCCAGCUCAGCCGCGGCAUCGCCUUCAACCCUCAUCUCAUGUGCAUUCCACAGCAAUACACUGCGUGGGUGGCGCCGCUCAUGUCUGCCACCUUUGAUGCGGCAGUGACGGAGGCGGCUGUGAAAGGGUUGACGGUGCCGCCGCCGGGCUGUCACGACCACCACGCUGCUCUCAAUCAUACGCUGCUUGUCACAAACCUCAGCAGGGCUGCCACACUGGCGCCUCCGCAGCCGUGCUGGACCUUCGAUCACAGCUUCCAGAGCGGCAGCAGUAGCUGCUGCAAGGGAGACCGCGGCACGAUGAAGCGGCGGGAGUCCGUGUCGCUGGAGCGAGCGGCAAGCCUUGUCUUUGAGGCGCCGCCGUGUGGCCGCUGCUGCGGCUUGGCUGGCUAUUUCUCCGCAGUGCUUUACCAGUCUGCGACCGCCCCCGCCACAAUCAUCGCCACCGCCCCUGUGGCGAGGACGGAGGACAUGUACAGUUGGUUUCCGUGCGUCUUUGCGCUCGAGCCAGCCCAGCAGGCAGAGCUUCGGGAUGUCGGGCAAGCAGCGGCGGAAGAAAGCCGCAUGGUCGCCAUCCGCGUGCAGCUGGAUCGGCGGACGAGCCUGGCGGAGCGGAGGGUGUGGUAUGAGUGGAGCGUCACCUACGGCGAUGCGGCGGUGGAGCGACAGUCGCCGAGCGCUGGUCGCGACGCCGCGGCCGCACCGUUGGUUCACAACAAGAACGGCUGGGCCGCGUCGAUGCUCCUGUGA